AUGCCCGUCAUUGAGGAUAAUGCUAGACCAACGUUACUGCGACCACCGGAGCAUGACGAAAACAAAUCGUUAAUUGAGAAUGUGUUGGAUGUUACAGAGCUCAAGGUUCUGGGGACAGAUAUUUUCACAAAUACGCAACCGCAGUGGCAUCCUCCUGGCGCCCGCGGCAUCUACGGUGGCGCUGUCAUCGCGCAAUGUCUCGCCGCUGCGCAAAAGACAGUCCCAGAGGCGUUUCUAGUGCACUCCUGCCACUGCUAUUUUCUCCUCGCGGGCUCUUCCGAGAUACCGAUUCUCUAUCAUGUUGAGCGUGUGCGCGAUGGUCGUUCAUACUCUACGCGUACGGUUCAGGCGCGACAGAGGGGUGCGUGUAUCUUCACCACCACCAUCAGCUUUGUGCGAGAGGCCAGUCCGGAUAAGAAGCGUCGUGAGGUGAGCCAUGCGGCUAGCCUACCUAAGGGCGUAAGUCCCCCAUCGGAUGACUGGGACGGUGAGCCAGAGUGGGCAAGGACAGGGCCGUUUCAGAGCCAUAGAAUUGAGGUGUUGGGUGCGAAAGACCCAGACUCUAAGCCACAGGACCGAAAGAGUAGACAGUGGAUGCGGUCACGGCAAAAGAUCUCUGCUGCAGGUGGCCACGAGGCACAUCUCAACGCGCUGGCGUACAUGUCGGACAGCUACUUCAUCGGCACCGUCUCGCGCCUCCACGGCCUAUGGCGCUUCCCGUUUUCUCCCGAGGAGGUGCCAUCGCUAGACGAGAAGACCCAAGAGCAGGUCAAGAGUCUCUGCGAGUUCGAAGGCAUGGGGAGCAACGUGGAGGAUUGGAAGGGACGAGCACAGGUGGGAAUGCUCGUGAGCCUCGAUCACAGCAUCUACUUCCACGAGCCGCGGGCUGUCAAGGCAGAUGAGUGGAUGUUUACAGAGAUGGAGAGUCCGUGGGCGGGAGAUGGCAGGGGAGUUGUUACACAGAAGAUCUUUGGUAAGGACGGGGCGUUGCUGGCGACGUGUUUCCAAGAGGGCGUUGUUCGACUUAAGCAGGAUGGAGGAGAGAAGGGUGCCAAGUUGUAG